UUUCUGGGUGUUAAUCCUGCUACCUUGCUGAAUUCAUUUAUUAAAUCUAAUAGUUUUUUGGUGGAGUCUUUAGGAUUGUCUCUGCACAUGUUAGUUUGAUUAUAAAGUCACUCUAAUUCAGUGAUUAUAAAUGUGUACGUUCCUUUGAUCCAGAUAUCUGACUCACAAACUUUUUUCUCCUAAAUAAUUAAACCAGAAAUGGAAGCUAUGUGUAUAAAAGUUUUAAGGAAAGAGGCACAACUUGAAAGUAUUUUCAGCUAAUUGAGUGGAAUAUUAAGCAGUUAUUUUUUAAGUAUGGCUCUUAAUUUAAACCUACAAAGUACACAAAUGUGAGUACUGUUAUUAUCAAACAGUUAAACAGCACUUUUUAGAUGUCAAACAUUGUCUAAGGCUUCAGUCCCCACAAUCCUAAAGUAGGAGCUAUAUGUUAUCCCCAUUUCAUAGGUAUGGAUAGUAAGGCCAGAAGAUUAGCAGGACCUGUGUAGUAGGUAACAGCAUACGUUCCCCUGGAGCAUUUGAACUCUGAAUCUUUGCUUUUCACAACUAUGUUAUACAUGACUGACUAAAACUAUAUUGAAUAUAAGUUGGAUAAAGUCAAAGGGAAAAAUAAUUACUAUAUUUAGAUAAUGAGUGAUAAAUGGUAAAUUUUGGUAAACCUGUUAAAAAUUUUAAUUUUUUUAAAGCAGAUCCACUAGAGGUCAAUGUGAUUAUAUAUGCAUAAAUAUAAAUGUAUGAAAAUAUAUAUGUAUAUUCCCAAAAUAUAUCUAUUCUUUCUAUGUGAUUUUAUAGGUAAGCAGAAUUUGGUGAUUAUGGGUAGGAAGACCUGGUUCUCCAUUCCCGAGAAGAAUCGACCUUUAAAGGACAGGAUUAAUUUAGUUCUCAGUAGAGAACUCAAGGAACCUCCAAAAGGAGCACAUUUUCUUGCCAAAAGUCUGGAUGAUGCCUUAAAACUUCUUGAGGAACCAGAAUUAACAAAUAAAGUGGACAUGGUUUGGAUAAUAGGAGGCAGCUCUGUUUACAAGGAAGCCAUGAACAAGCCAGGCCAUCUUAGACUGUUUGUGACAAGGAUCAUGCAGGAAUUUGAAAGUGACACAUUUUUUCCAGAAAUUGAUUUAGAGAAAUAUAAGCUUCUCUCAGAAUACCCAGGCGUUCUUUCUGAUGUCCAGGAGGAGAAAGGCAUUAAGUACAAAUUUGAAGUCUAUGAAAAAUACAAGUAAUGUGAAGGUGUUUUCUGGUUCAUUUCAAGCUGUUCCCUCUCCCCUCCAAACGAUUAUGUAUUUAACAUUAGAAAAAGAGACUUCUGUUGACUAGAUCUGGAUAAUUAUUUCUAGCAAUGUAUUUUUAUUAAUUAGUUUUAAUCUUAACUAGAUUUGGUUAAAUUAAUCUUAACGGUGCUACAUCAUAUACCCUUUGUGAAACAUCUGUUGCUAUAACUGUCUGAAUGUCCAUCAAGGGCCCAGGAUUACGUCCCAAGCACCAGCCUAGGGUAACAUAUACCAAGAAACCACGAUGAGAGAGUCCCCUGAUAGCAUGAGUUGAAACCCAGGCCUAUAAAGAAAGGAGCUAGCUAAAUUUGUCCAAAUGUCAGAAAUGGGUUAUAAACCAGAUGAGUUAGAACUUAGGUAUUAAAAGAGAAGCAGAUCGAAAUAGGGACCAGAAUUUCUCUCUGCACAUCACACUUCUGAAAAAGUUCUGUUUACUCGGUUCCUGCAGCACAUUCCACAGACAUAGUAAGAGGCAGGUAGGAGAUUCCUUUCAUUAUGAUUAAAAGAGAAGGUCAGAGACCUUUAAAAACUCGUUGGGAUGUUCUAGUGAUAGAACAAGAAUAGGUUGCUCUUCACACAAAAAAGUAACCUCACAACAAGCAGGCGGCCAGAAUGAAAAACUCGAAGAGAAUGGGUAUUGUGAGAAAUCAAAACUAGUAGGUUAGAAAAUAAACUUCACAUAAUUAAAAAUUAAAACAUGUUUUACCCAUCAUGUUAGCAAAUAUUUGGAUUUUUAGGUAUCCAAAGAAAUAGCAUUUUCUGCCUGUACAUUGGUACAAACUUUUUAGGGUAAGAGUUAGCAAUAGCAAUCAAAAUUCAAAAUAACCUGGGUUUGGAUCCAGAACUUCCACUUCCAGAAAUUAAUCCUGAACAAAGAGACGGACGCAAGAGCAUUUGUUGCACCAUUUAAAAAAUUUAGACUAGUAUCCAAAAUUUUCAAUGUGGGGAAAAUUACGCUGUAAACUGCUGACAGUAUCACAGUUGAGUGUGUUAUUUUGUGCAUUAGGUAUGUCUAUUGUACUUUGACUUUUUUGAACUAUCAUGUGCUUAUUUUCAUGAAAAAUUAAUUAAGGUAAUAAAUUGAGCCCUUUACAUUUAGCAGUACAAUUAGGAUACAGAACAUCAGGAGUAAAGAGAAAUUUCCUAAAAAUCUUUCAUAGAGAAAAAAACAAAAGCAGAUCACACAGAAAAACAGAAAUAACACUGCAUAAGAUUUACAAACCACAAGAAAACAAUGGAGCAAGGAGCACAAGCAGGAAAUUGUUAGUGUCCAGAGUUUUUAGAACUCACAUAUUAAUAAGAAAAAGAAGCCGCUUAGAGAAGAGGAGAGACAAGGCCGUGAAUAUGUGCACAGACAUAUAUCCCCACUAGUGACUGGGGAAAUGCAAAUUAAAACUGCAGACAGGAACCAUUCCACAUGUACCAGACGUGGCCUUCUCACCAGUACUUGACACUCAGCCUUUUAAAAUGUUGACCAGAUUUAUGAAGGAUGGAGAUGAAUAUACCCUUUGACCCAGCAAUUCCACACACGGGUAAAUGCCAAGAGCAAACCUGCAUACAUAUCAAGAGACUUGUAGAAAUAUGUCACAUCCUUGUUUGUAAUAGUAAAAAACUAAAAACAACCCAAAAGGCCAAUGACAGGAAAAUGCAUACAUUACUGUCUUAGAUUGGAUUUCCCCCCAAAGCAGAUCCCAAGACUAGAAUUUAAGUGAAAGCACCAGGUGGUAUGUGGAAAAGUGCAACUAGGAAGGUAAGCCAGUUCAAGAUCAGUGAGCAGGCUCUCCCUGGGUACCACGCUCAAUACUGGUGAGAUAUCUGGGAAACGGAGGGAAGGAAGCGGGAGUAUUUAUCCCCUGCUCAUUGUUUGAGGGCUGUUCCCAGGGCCAUCAAUUCCCUGCCCUCUGUGUGGGCUGAACACACUUCAGCUGCUAGAUAGGGCCCCGGUGUUUGCAUUAAGAAGUUGCUGACAGGCACAGGACCAGUGAAAGCUAAACACCUAAACCAAUUCCAUAUACUUGUAAUUAUGUGUGAGAUCUUCAUACUUAUGUAGUAAAAAGUAUAAAGCAACAUAUAGUUUGUUAAAUAUUUUACAAUUUAAAGAAAUACAGAAGCAGAAAGACCAAUUAGAAGUCCAGGUGACAGAUGAUGGUAACUUGGACCAGAGGCUUGAGUACAGUGAAAAAAUUGUGAUUCAGGAUAUAUUUCGAAGUUGGAGGUAAUGGGAUUUUCUGAUGGAGUUUAAUUUUGGUUUUGGACCCACCAAAUUUGAGAUGCUUGGAAGGAAAGGAAGGAGAGGAGUAAAAGGAAAACAAAACUAGACUCAUGCCUUAAAUUCUGAGAAGAUAUUUCCGGCUGGUAAAUCUAUACUCAGCCGAAUAAUCAAAGACAAUUGAAGCUAGGGAGAGAUAGAUCAGGAGACGCUCUAGUUUUCACUUAGACUUUUGGAACCAUUUGAUUUUAUGUAACCAUUUUCAUGUAUUUCUUUAAUAAAUACAAUUAUUGCUUAA